UUUCUAAUCAUUUAAUGGAGAACAGUCAAUAGAAGAAGUUCGAAUUUUCUUUUUUCGUUAAAAUUAAAGUAGAACAUAUUUCGAGAGAAUUAAUACAAAAACGAUUAGUUUAUCGAAGAAAGAUGUCGUUAACUUCUUUCGUCUUAGGAUUCUUGUUUAUCACAACUUAUUUGACGAUUGAUAUCGAUACACAAUCGAUUAAACCAGAGACUAAUUCGAAUCCGAAUUCAGAAAUAAAAUGGACGAUUUAUGAUCUGACUGGUCGUAUAGUUAACGGGUCAAAAGCAUCUUUGAGACAAUUUCCUUAUCAGGUAUCCUUGAGAGAAACUCACAGCUACGUACAUUUUUGCGGAGGAUCGUUGAUACACGAAAAAUACAUUCUCACAGCUGCCCAUUGUAUGUUCGAUGAAAGUAUACAAAUACAACCCUGGAUGAUCACUGUAGUUGCCGGUGAACUUCAGCUCUGGCAGCCAACCUCGACUGGUCAGAGAAGAGGCGUGGAAAAGAUUAACGUUCAUCCUAAUUUCAAUAGCGUCACGUUAGAGAAUGACAUAACUAUACUUACUCUCAAAAUAUCGUUUAAAUUGACACCUGAAGUGAACAUAGCCCCUUUGACGGAUCAUACGCCUAUUCCAACGACGAUCUGUCAGGUGGCAGGAUGGGGUUAUCCAAAUGAAAAUUAUCCUGUGACGUCCGAGGAUCUUAUGUUCGUGGAUUUACCACUGAUGAGUCGUGACUUAUGCAAGGAACUUUUGAAAAACAUAACAGACUUCCCGCCAGGGAUGAUUUGCGCUGGAUACAUGGAGGGUCAAAAAGACGCUUGCCAAGGAGAUUCUGGAGGCGGUAUGAUAUGUAACGGCGAGUUAACUGGUAUAGUUUCCGGUGGAAACGGUUGCGCUCGUCCACGUACCCCUGGUGUUUACACAGACAUUUAUUUCUACAUCAAUUGGAUCGCGGAAAUCACGGAGGAAGAUACGUUCCUUAAAAAAAAGAUGGCAAUUAAAGAUGAGUCAGGCAUGGAACAGGUGAUGGCUUCCAUGAUCUUGCCAUCAAUUGCUUUUUUUAUAUUGUAUCAUGUCUGAUAAAUGUUUUUUUUUAAUUAAAUAUAUAUAUAUAUAUAUUUAUAUAUAUAUAUUUAAUUUAUUUAAUAUAUUUAAUACUCUCAUUAACUAUAUAUUUAUAUAUAUGUAUAUAUUUAUUUAUAUUUUACUAUAUAUUUAUACUUAUUUAUACUUACUAUAUAUUUAUACUAUAUAUAUAUAUUUUCGCUGAAAAAACGAUAAUAAAUUUAUUUAUUUAUUUUUU